UGGCCCCUCGGGCUCCUGCGGGCUGAGGUGCUGGGAGUUCGCCGGAGUUUGCGGCUGUCUCCGGUCCUCUCGGAGCCAUCGUGUUCUCCAGCGUGAGCGCGUGCGGUCCGGAAAGGCCUCUCCAUGGCGUGGGCCUCUGUUCCCGGCUGAGCCCUGUCCUUCGCGGCUGACAGCCCCCGCCCAGAGCCCGAGUCGUCGCGGCGGCGGUGGAGAUCGCAGGUCGCUCAGUUCCUGGUAAUCCCUUCUACAUCCUAUGAUUUUGGCUACUCUGAGUACUUCAUGGCUUGCAGAUGGGUCAAGGACUCUGGAGAGUGGCCAGAAACCAGCAUCUCCAACAGGAAGCCUACAGUGAGCCAGGCUACCUCAGCAGAGAGCAGAGCAGGAGAGUGACUUCAAGCAACAUUUCUCACUCUAGCCACCGGAAACAAGCCCAAGGAGGCAUCGACAUAUAUCAUCUUCUGAAGGCAAGGAAGUCUAAAGAGCAGGAAGGGUUCAUUAACUUGGAAAUGCUGCCUCCUGAACUAAGCUUCACCAUCUUGUCCUACCUAAAUGCAACUGACCUCUGCUUAGCUUCAUGUGUUUGGCAAGACCUUGCUAAUGAUGAACUUCUCUGGCAAGGGUUGUGUAAAUCCACUUGGGGUCACUGUUCUAUAUACAAUAAGAACCCACCUUUAGGAUUUUCUUUUAGAAAAUUGUAUAUGCAGCUAGAUGAAGGAAGCCUCACCUUUAAUGCCAACCCAGAGGAGGGAGUGAGCUACUUUAUGUCCAAGGGUAUCCUAGAUGAUUCGCCAAAGGAAAUAGCAAAAUUUAUCUUCUGUACAAGAACACUAAAUUGGAAAAAACUGAGAAUCUACCUUGAUGAAAGGAGAGAUGUCUUGGAUGACCUUGUAACCUUGCAUAAUUUUAGGAAUCAAUUCUUGCCAAAUGCAUUGAGAGAAUUUUUCCGUCAUAUUCAUGCUCCUGAAGAACGUGGGGAGUACCUUGAAACUCUUAUAACAAAGUUCUCACAUAGGUUCUGUGCUUGUAAUCCUGACCUAAUGCGAGAACUUGGCCUUAGUCCUGAUGCUGUCUAUGUACUGUGCUACUCUUUGAUUCUACUUUCCAUUGACCUCACUAGUCCUCACGUGAAGAACAAAAUGUCAAAAAGAGAAUUUAUUCGAAAUACCCGCCGUGCUGCUCAGAACAUUAGUGAAGAUUUUGUAGGACACCUUUACGACAACAUCUACCUUAUCGGCCAUGUGGCUGCAUAAAAAAAAGCACAAUUGUUGGGACUUCACCUUUUUACUGCAGACUAAAGCGACCCAGGAACGGACUCAGCAGCAGUGGGGUUGCGUCAGUGCUGGCCUCUCCAGCCGCUGUGCACAGUCAAGCCUGAGUGCACAGCCUCUUUUUCUUCCCUGUUUUCUAGGUUAGCAAUUUCAGAACUAACUAAUUUUGAUGAACUUUUCUUAAUUUCACUCAUCAUGUUUGCACAGAACAGCCAUUGUAUAACAGAGCUGUUAGAGAAUGUUAAACCAACACAUACUCUAUAAGAUGGGGUGUUUGUGCGCUAGAUUUGUCUGAAGACUAUCCAUGUCCAUCCUUUAAAGAAUACCAUGUAAUGUAUGCAUAUUUAACUAAAGAGAUUUUUAACCAUAAUUAUUUUAUUGUAAAGAUUUUAACUAAAGGGUUUCCUUUUCUCUGGAACUGAGUUUGGAAAUUUGUUUGACUCUAAGUAUAUUGUUGGCUUUGUCAAAGUUGGGUCUGACCCUGGAAACCAAUACCAGCUUCCCAUUUCUUUGAACUUUGAAAAGAAUAUUGAUUUGUUACUAUAUUAAUAUACUAUGCAAAACUGGCCUUAUUUGUAUAACACAUAUCAUUUGAUUCAUUUUUAAAACUUCUGGGUUAAUAAAGUUUCAAUACAUCCUUUCAACAUUUAGAAUAUUAAAAAGUGUCAGAAUUUAAAAGUCACACUUCAUUAGAACUUGGGAAGUCUUUACUUCCUUGUUUCUGAACUACUUGGUCUCGACUAUUUUCCUAAUCUUGGUCUAUCUUCAGAGUUAAUUAAUAAAAGGAUACUAUGUUAUGAA